CAGUUUCCUGUGUAGAAUACAAUUUCAUUUGGCAUUUAAGCAUUUUUAUGAUUAAGAAAUACACUUUUUGGAGUAUUAAACAAUUUAUCUUCCACCACCAUUUGGACAAAUCUCACCUUUAAUUAAUAAUGAAUAAUCCUUUGCCCUUUAUUUUAUUGUGAAGUACCUCAAUCAAACCAGUUUCUGUUACCUUUAAAGUGUCCAGCUGAAAGAAUAAAUAAAGGCUAGGGGUAAAAACAUGUCCGCCACCCUGCCGCUGUUUAGGAACUCUCUGUGCCAAAAGCUCAACAGUGCUUGCGCAAGUGCGCUUCUUUUAAAAGACGGGUCCAUUUGCAUGACAAAGGCUGAUAGCUUCAGGGUGGCAGGCAGAGAGAAGGGAGUGAGAGAGAGGUGUUAGGUCUGGAGGGAGAAGGACGGAGACAGACGGGGAAUUCUGGGCAGAUGAUUGGGGAUUGCUGGAUCUUUCCCAGUCAGGAGACGAGAGACACUGCUGGAUAUGGUCAACGGUGACGCCAAGGUGGGGAGAACACCUGCUUUGAGAUGGCUGGAACAUUGCUCACUGCUCUGAUGCUGUUCCUUUUUAAGAGGGUUUGUGACGGAGAGCCAACAGUUGGAGGACCAGACAGAGUAACGGACCAACAUGGGACAAACAAACUGGUCUACGUCACAUCCCAAUGGGCCCUCCAGUUGGUCAAUGACUCUCUGCCUUUCUCCAGAGCCAACAGCUUCUGUAGAAGCCAGUUUAGUUCCCUUCUUACUCUGAAUGAAUCAGAAAACCAUGAAGAACUGUUGGAGCUUCUUCGCCAGGCUGGACUAACUUCAUCCAUCUGGGUUGGGCAAUCCCCCAAGCCUGUUGCACCCUCCAAGCAAUAUUUUCAGGUCUCAGCUCUGAGAUUUCCAAAGGAGUCGCGUGAAGGCUUUGCUCACGUGAACAUAACCUUCCCUGCCCUGUCAGCCAUUAGCGUGUGUGUCCGAGUACAGUGGGACCAAGACUGGAAUGAAGUGUCGACCAUCUUCUCUUACGCUGCACCUGUCUUUACCAAUGAGUUUCAGCUGAGGGGCCAGUUGGACGUUCAGGGCCGCGUCCUCCUGGCGCUCAUCAUCCAUGGAAAGCACUUGCCGUAUAAGGCCUCCUUCCCAAAUGAUGGAGCGUGGCAUCAGAUCUGUGUCACAUGGCGUCGGAGUGGCAACCACUGGGCCAUCUAUGUGGAUGGAGAGAUUAAAGACAAGGGCUCAGGGACGGACACAAACAGAGAUAUCCAUGGGGAUGGGAUUCUGAUCCUCGGUCAGGAUCAGGACUCUUUUGGUGGGAAUUUCACAGAACCUUUUUUUGGAAAUAUCACUGACUUGAAUGUGUGGAACAUGGCCUUGGAAUCAAGACACAUUCGGGCCCUGAACUCGUGUUCAACUUUGUCCCAGGAAAGGCUUUUCAAAUGGAGCCUCGACCACAUUAGCAGCCACCCUGCAGUGAAGGAGGUUCAGACCAGUCUGAUUUGUCCAGCAGCGUACCCCCAGGUGGAGCUGCAGGACUGCUGGACGCUGCAGGGCUGGACCAAUCAGCUGCCGGCCUGGAGUCAGACAGAGUGCUCCAAUCUGCUGCCAUUUGUUUGCAGAAGCACCAAAGAACGAUAUCUGAGGAUGAAGCAGAUCACCGAAUCUCAGAGUGUCCGGCCCUCUGCCUUUAUGAACCAGAUGAUGAUGCUUUCCAACAAGAGCCAGCCCAUUCUAGCACAGCAACCAUCAGACCUGAACAACUUGGCCCAGGCCUCAGUCCUGCUGAACAUCUCUGCCCAGGCUCUGGACCACACCCCGCCGGGGGAACUGGAGCCGGCGGACAUGGUGUCCCUCAUCCAGCUGCUGUCUCUGACGGCGGACAUCCCGGCUCAGCCUCCCACCCGUCUGGAAAACAGCAGCCAGGAUGGCGUCCUGGAACUCAGUCAGCACUUUGUCUCUGUGGCUGAUAGCAUCAUCAGUGAAGACAACACACUUAAAUGGCAGGCCAUUAAAGAGGUGGUGAACGGCCCCAUGGAUGUUGUGAAGAGCAUUGACAGAAUGGUGACGCACCUGAGCCCUCGCUUGAUGUCGCAGACCGAUCAGCUGACCAUUACCAGCCCCAACAUUAAGUUGGAGGUGCAACAGCAGAGGCUUCAGGAGGGAAGCAAAGUUUCAAGCUUCUGUGGACCUGACACUGAAAGCCACACUCAUCUCGACUGUAUUUCUGUUCCAGCUCAGAAAAUCCAGGAUCUCCAUAGCAACGGGUUCUAUAAAAUCACCUUGGUCAACACGUGGUACGGCUCUCUGCGGCCUCUUUUCAAUCCAGAGGAGAACAUCACUAUGGUGCCCACCGUCACCGACGGAAGCCAAAGAUAUUUGGGAACGUUCCUGGGCUCUUCUGUCGUGUCCACCACUGUUCUGGGUGACGACCAGCCAGUUAGCAUGGCAGUUAACUUCCAGCUCCAGCACAGAGUGGAGAAUUCUCUGGGAACGGUGUAUGAUCCGGUGUGUGCCUUCUGGGAUUUUGAUCUCAGUCCAGAGACUGGUGGCUGGUGGAAUACUAAAGGCUGCAUGGUCGUGUCCAGACAUUAUGGUUACACCGUGUGCUACUGCAACCACACCACCAACUUUGCAUUGCUGCUGCAAGUCUAUGAAGCCCAGGUAAUGGUUAUUAUGAUUCUGGGUACACUUUUAAUCAAAUGGAAUGUUCCACUAUUUAUAUGUUAUAUGCUUUGUGUGUAUGUCUAUUUUUUUUUUCUUUCCAAGAGGAGUCCAGAAAACGAAAAAGCUCUGCAGGUGCUGACGUUCAUUGGCUGUGGAGUGUCUAUGUGUGGCCUCCUCUUCACCUUCAUCCUCUUCAUUGCUGUGGGUGUCCCUAAGUCUGACCGCACCACAGUCCAUAAGAACCUGAUAGUUGCUCUUGGUGUUGCUGAGCUGCUGUUAAUGUGCAGUGAUUGGGCCUCUGACAACAAGGCGGCAUGUUUCCUGGUGACUGCACUCCUCCAUCUCUUCUUCAUGGCCUCGUUCUCAUGGAUGCUGGUGGAGGGCCUUCUGCUGUGGAGCAAAGUCGUGUCAGUCAACAUCAGUGAGGACCGAAGGAUGAAGCUUUAUUACAUCAUCGGAUGGGGAGUGCCUGUCCUGAUUGUUGGUGUAACACUGGCGGUAUCAGUGGACAAAUACAAAGCAGAAGAUCACUGCUGGCUCAACGUGCAGACUGACACAAUCUGGGCCUUUGUGGGCCCUGUUGUGUUUGUCUUAGCGGUCAAUGCAGUUGUGCUGUGUCGGGUUGUCAUGGUGACCGUUUCCAGCGCUCAUCGACGAGCUAAGAUGCUCAGUCCAAGCUCAGCAUCAAAGAUGCAGACCUUUGACCUCACUUGGGCCGUCACUCGCCCGGUUCUCAUCCUGCUGCCCGUCCUGGGUCUGACUUGGCUGUGUGGAGUGCUGGUCCACCUGUCUGUGGUCAUGGCUUAUGUCUUCAUCGCGCUCAAUUCUUUCCAAGGCCUGUACAUCUUUUUAGUAUACGCUGUUUACAACAGUGAGGUGAGGAAUGCCAUCAAAAGGAUCAAGGAAAAACGAAAGGCCUUAUCUUUCACGAACUGCUCCCAGCCAAACAGCUUCCUACAUUCCCAGAGGGUCCCGGUUUCCUCCUGGAGCCGCAGUCCUCCAACUCCUUCCAGUCCAGAGACCAGUGAGACCUCAGGAGCCAACAGUUCCACCUCCAUGUCAUUAGUGAUUAAGAACGAGAGUUUCAGAAAGGAGAGUUUUGUGAGUUUCUCCAUGAAACAAGCAUCAGAAAACCAAGUAGUGCAGCUGACGGCGUUCAAGCCAUCAGGUUGCUGAACUGCAGAUGGAGCGCGUCCUGUUCCCAUUGACCACACACUCCUGGCAGGACAGAGCUGGAAACACACCCCAGGGACGAGUAUCACCAAGGAAAGAUCAACCGUCAUCUUGUUCCAGUUCACUCUCAGACUAGUAACUCCCCAUGAAGAUUCAUGGAUAUUAUGACUAAAAUGUGCACAGUUAGCGAGGGGGAUUAUUAUUCUAGUAAUGCCUUCUGAGAAUCACGUUGCAUCCAAUUGACUGUUUUUAGAUGAUUUAGCCUGAAGACCCAGUCCAAUGGAAAUGGUGUUUUUAACAUGCUCUUGUGGCAUUUUUUUCUCACGAUUGAGGACAUAUAUAAAGAAAAUUAAGAUUAAAAGUGUGUUUUGGAGUAUUUCUUUAUUCAGUAAGUUGUGAAACAAGAGCAGAUGAAAACAUGCUGUUGGAAAAUGAUCACACUUGUGAUGUAGAGAAUGCUCAGUGCUCCAUACUGAUGCAUUCACUCUGAAACCAAAGCCUCAUUUCCACCGAGCGGUCCGGUCUGGUCCAGUAAGGAGUUGUACGGGACGGUCUAGUUAAUUCUGGCAAGCGCUUCCAUU